CCAUUUCCAUCGCCGGUCGCGUGUCCUCUGAGAUGAACACAGAGUUGGGAACAGUUGUCGGGUAUUCGGUUCGCUUCGAAGACAUGACUUCAUCGCAAACUAAGAUCAAGUACUUGACUGACGGAACGCUUCUUCGCGAAGCCAUUAGUGAUCCACUUCUUCACAAAUACAAAGUCAUUAUCUUAGAUGAAGCCCACGAACGCACUGUUCAAACGGAUCUACUCUUAGGUGUGAUUAAAAAAGCGCAACGACUCCGAAACCAACAGCACAUUCCUGUUCUCAAAGUGAUCAUAAUGUCUGCGACCAUCGAUUGCGACCAUUUCUCUCAAUACUUUAAUAAAGCGCCCGUUUAUUACAUAAGAGGCCGACAGCACGACAUUCAGAUGAUGUAUUCAAAGGAAAAGCAAAGCGAUUAUAUGAACGCCGCUCUCAUUACUGUCUUUCAAAUAUACCAAAACCAAGACGAGGGAGAUAUUUUGGUAUUUAGUACCGGAGAGGAAGAAAUUGAGUCAAUGAUUCGUUCUGUCAAUGAAACGAUUCCUCUUUUGCCAUUAGAAUCUCAGAAAUUGAAAGCCCUUCCACUCUAUGCAGCCCUUCCUCUAUCUCAUCAGCAAAGAGUCUUCAAAACACUCGAAAAUGGCUUUCGAAAAGUUAUUUUUGCCACAAAUAUUGCCGAGACUUCGAUCACUAUUCCUAAUAUUAAAUAUGUGGUCGACUCCGGGAAAGUCAAGUCCCGAUCGUAUAACUCUGUCACCGGAUUUGAGACAUUAAAAGUUCAAUCAAUAUCUAAAGCACAGGCGGCACAGAGAGCGGGCAGAGCCGGCAGGGAAAUGAGUGGUAUUUGUUAUCGACUUUACACUAAAGAGGAAUACAACGAAUUUAGAGAUCACGCCAUUCCAGAGAUCCAAAGAUGUAAUUUAGCCAAUGUUUUGCUCCAUAUUAUCGCCAUUGGAAUCAAUGAUGUUUUGAAUUUUGAUUUUAUGGAUAAACCAUCGGAAGAUAACAUAAACAGUGCUUUAAAACAAUUGGUUCACUUCGGGGCCAUUGAAGCCAAACAAGAACUUUAUUAUCUAACAGACGUCGGAACACUUAUGGUCAUAUUCCCAGUGGAACCCAAAUUCUCCAAAAUGAUAGUCACAUCUAAGUCGAUGGGUUGCACCGAAGAAAUUAUAACCAUUUUAUCGCUUUUAUCCGUCGAUAAUAUUUAUUACAUUCCUUCCAAUCAAAAAGAUAUGGCAAAUGAAGUCCACAAGAAGUUUAUCUCAAGUGAAGGCGAUUUAAUAAAACUUUUAAAAGUUUAUAGAAAUUUUAAAACAGCGAAAGAAAACAAAAAAUGGUGUAAAGAAAACUUCAUUCAUAUAAAUAACUUGAAAUUAGCGACUGAUAUAAAGAAGCAAUUGUCUGAUCUCUGUUUGAAAGCAAGCAUUCCAUUGGUUUCCUCUAAUAAUAAUACAGAAGUGAUACGAAAAUGUCUGUCCACUGGACUCGUAUUCAAUACCGCAUAUCUCCAAAAAGAUGGCACUUAUAAAACUAGACUCACUAAACAAGAGGUUUAUAUCCACCCGUCUUCGUGUCUGUUCGGUACGAAACCUGAAAAUAUAAUAUUCAAUGAAUUGGUCCAAACAUCCAAAUGCUAUAUGAGCAUUGAUUUCCGUAUCGGAGAACUCUUCGUCCUUCUGUUGGUCAGCACUCGCUGCCAUCGCUUCGGGAGCCGUUGGAGCGGGUUUUCUCCUGCGCUUCAAUGUGUUGGUCCAGUGAGUGGACGGUUCGCUCGAAGUGGCGGUUGUCUUGAAGUGAUUGUUGAGAUCAAACAACAGCGACGAGUUGUACGUCAAGAUAUCGUUGAUAUAAAUGGCGAUAUUUUGUUUCGUGAAUUUGAAGGCCUCUUUGCCGGGAAUCCGUUGGCCCAACCGUUUGAGGACAUCGAAGAUUUCGCCCACCCUUUCGACAGUCGUAACUCUGUUAACUUCACUUUCGACCGAAUCCAUGGCUUCAAUGACUUCCACGACAGAUAUACCUUCGAUGAGCCAACAGUCGCGGACGACACGCAACAGUUCGAUCACCCGUUGGAUCAGUUCGGGUCUCUCGUCGUCGUCGAAGUGGCAGCCAUUAAGCGU